AUGGAGAUGCUGGAAAGUAUCAUCUGUAUUGUCUCGCAGCGCAACAUUGAACAGGUGCUGCUUGAGUUAAAUGAAUACGCUACUGAGGUGGAUGUGGAAUUUGUGCACCGUUCGGUACGUGCGAUUGGUCGAUGCGCUGUUAAGCUUGAACGUGCUGCGGAGAAGUGCAUCAAUGUGCUGCUGGCGCUUAUUCAGACCAAGUACGAGAGCAUUAUUGCUACCCUAUGCGAGAACUUGGAUACACUGGACGAGCCCGAGGCGAAGGCAUCAACUAUUUGGAUUAUCGGUGAGUAUGCCAAGCGUAUCGACAAUGCAGACGAGCUCUUAGAGUCGUUCAUGGACUCUUGCGAUGAUGAGACUGCCCAGGUGCAUCUGCAGCUUCUGACUGCUACCGUAAAAUUGUUCUCCAAGCGUCUUAAUGAGACGCAGGAAAUGGUCCAGAAGGUUCUCCACAAAGCCACAGAAAAUUCAGACAGUUUGGAGUUGCGUGACCGCGGCGAUGAUACAUGUGCCCUUGAGCCUUCGGUUUUGGACGAGCUGAUCGGAAAAAUUUCGACGCUUGCUAGUGUCUACCACAAGUUACCCAGCGCGUUUGUUGUGCGUUCGACAGUACCGGAGGUACACGGGCACCGCCAGGAUGGUGAUUACAGCGUCGACGGUGAGGGUGAAGGCUCUUCCGACCAGACAGAAGAUGGACGAAUCGGUCAGAAGGCUGGUGACCCCGUGGACCUGCUUGAUAUGGGUACUUUUACUCUUGGAGACCCCUUCCUCGAUUGCUCCGGACCCUCUCCGCCUGCUCCAGUGGCAGUAAGCGGUGCUGCAGUCCAGAAAAAGCUUUUGAUGGAUGCGCUACCAGGCAAGGGCCUGGUGAUGACGGGCGCUUUCACACGUCACAGCAGCAACUUCGUACUUGACGUGGAUCUUGAAAACCAGUCAUCUGCGCCAAUUACGGGAGUAAGCAUCCAGUUCAACAAGAGCACGUUCGGUGUGGUGCCAAUGCAAGCACCAAUCACGUUCCCACAACCUCUGGCACCGGGACAAACCGUAAACCAAGUUGUGCCCAUGAGUGUGAGCCCGCAGUUUGUCGACGCCGCUGUGGCACCGAACCUCAAUUUGCAGGUUGCGAUCUAG